CCAGUAUUAAAGAGGGACAACUGUUGAAGCAAACCAGUUCUUUCCAAAGGUGGAAAAAGCGAUAUUUCAAGCUUCGAGGCCGUACACUUUAUUAUGCAAAGGACUCAAAGUCUCUGAUAUUUGAUGAAGUUGACCUCUCAGAUGCCAGUGUAGCUGAAGCAAGCACAAAAAAUGCUAACAACAGUUUCACGAUAAUCACUCCAUUCAGAAGACUAAUGCUAUGCGCUGAGAACAGAAAGGAGAUGGAGGAUUGGAUCAGCUCACUGAAGUCUGUACAGACCAGAGAACCUUAUGAGGUGGCCCAGUUUAAUGUGGAACAUUUCUCAGGGAUGCAUAACUGGUACGCCUGCUCCCAUGCCCGACCCACUUUCUGUAACGUGUGCCGAGAGAGCCUUUCCGGAGUCACCUCCCAUGGCCUGUCCUGCGAAGUGUGUAAAUUCAAGGCCCACAAAAGGUGUGCAGUGAGGGCCACAAAUAACUGCAAGUGGACGACUCUGGCCUCCAUCGGGAAGGACAUCAUAGAGGACGAGGAUGGGGUGGCUAUGCCUCACCAGUGGCUAGAGGGUAACUUGCCUGUGAGUGCCAAGUGUGUUGUCUGUGACAAAACGUGUGGCAGCGUUCUUCGUCUACAAGAUUGGAAAUGCCUUUGGUGUAAAAUGAUGGUACACACUGCCUGCAAAGACUUAUACCAUCCUGUAUGUCCACUUGGCCAAUGUAAAGUGUCUAUCAUUCCUCCAAUUGCACUAAACAGCACUGAUUCUGAUGGUUUCUGUAGAGCAACGUUUUCAUUCUGUGUUAGUCCUUUACUGGUUUUCGUCAACUCCAAGAGUGGAGAUAAUCAGGGAGUCAAGUUCCUUCGACGGUUUAAACAGUUACUAAAUCCAGCUCAGGUGUUUGAUUUAAUGAAUGGAGGUCCUUAUUUGGGUUUAAGAUUAUUCCAGAAGUUUGACAAUUUCCGGAUUCUUGUUUGUGGAGGAGAUGGAAGUGUAGGUUGGGUUUUGUCAGAAAUUGAUAAGCUCAACUUGAAUAAACAGUGUCAGCUUGGAGUGCUGCCUUUGGGUACCGGAAAUGACCUGGCCCGGGUUCUCGGCUGGGGUGGUUCAUACGAUGAUGACACUCAACUUCCCCAGAUACUAGAGAAGCUGGAACGAGCCAGUACCAAAAUGCUGGACAGGUGGAGUAUAAUGACCUAUGAACUCAAAUUGCCACCAAAGGCUUCUCUACUUCCAGGACCUCCAGAAGCACCUGAAGAAUUUUAUAUGACAAUUUAUGAAGAUUCAGUUGCAGAUCAUCUUACAAAAAUCCUUAAUUCUGAUGAACAUGCAGUAGUCAUAUCAUCUGCUAAGAUACUAUGUGAAACUGUAAAGGACUUCGUUGCCAAAGUAGAGAAGGCAUAUGACAAAACGUUGGAAAAUGCUGUUGUAGCCGAUGCCGUGGCCAACAAAUGUUCGGUCCUCAAUGAGAAGCUUGAACAACUGCUCCAGGCUUUGCGUACAGACUCCCAGGCUGCUCCUGUUCUCCCAGGCAUCAGCCCUGUCCUUGUAGAAGAAGACACAGUGGAAUCUUCGAGUGAAGAGUCCUUGUGUGAAAGCAAGGAACAGCUCUUGGAUGACACUACAAAACCUUCCUCCCAGAAAGCAGUGAAACCAAAGGAAAUAAUGUUGCGGGCAAAUAGUUUAAAGAAAGCAGUGAGGCAAGUCAUUGAAGAAGCCGGAAAAGUUAUGGAUGAGCAGACAGUUCACCCCUGUGAGCCAGUUAAUCAAUCAUUCGAUUAUGAUAGUACAGAAACAGAUGAAUCUAAAGAAGAAUCUAAAGAUGAUGAUGCAAAAGAGUCAUUAAUUGUUAAAAGUGCACCUCGGUCUCCAGAUGGCCGGGCAAGUCGUUCCCAGACCGACUCUGGCCCUGGCCCAACUGUGGCAGCCAGCAAAGAAAACCUCCCCGUGCUCAACACCAGGAUCAUCUGCCCAGGUUUAAGAGCAGGACUAGCUGCCUCAAUUGCUGGGAGUUCUAUUAUCAACAAAAUGUUACUAGCAAAUAUUGAUCCUUUCGGUGCAACGCCGUUUAUUGACCCAGAUCCAGAUUCAGUAGAUGGAUAUUCAGAAAAAUGUGUCAUGAACAAUUACUUUGGGAUUGGAUUAGAUGCAAAAAUUUCAUUAGAAUUUAAUAAUAAGAGAGAGGAGCACCCUGAAAAAUGCAGGAGCCGAACUAAAAACUUGAUGUGGUAUGGAGUCCUUGGAACCCGGGAGUUACUACAGAGAUCGUACAAGAAUUUAGAACAGAGGGUUCAGCUUGAGUGUGAUGGACAGUAUAUUCCUCUCCCCAGUCUGCAAGGAAUAGCAGUACUGAACAUUCCCAGCUAUGCCGGAGGCACUAACUUUUGGGGUGGAACUAAAGAGGAUGAUAUAUUUGCUGCACCAUCAUUUGAUGACAAGAUCCUGGAAGUCGUUGCAAUAUUUGAUAGUGUGCAAAUGGCGGUUUCAAGGGUCAUUAAACUACAGCAUCAUCGAAUAGCCCAGUGCCGUACAGUAAAAAUCACUAUAUUUGGUGAUGAGGGAGUCCCAGUGCAGGUGGAUGGUGAAGCAUGGGUUCAGCCUCCAGGGAUUAUCAAAAUUGUGCACAAGAACAGAGCUCAGAUGCUAACAAGGGACAGGGCUUUUGAAAGCACUCUGAAAUCUUGGGAAGAUAAGCAGAAGUGUGAUUCUGGUAAACCAGUUCUUCGAACCCAUUUGUACAUCCAACAUGCUGUUGACUUGGCAACGGAGGAGGUGUCUCAGAUGCAGCUGUGCUCCCAAGCUGCGGAGGAGCUCAUUACGAGGAUUUGUGAUGCAGCCACAAUCCACUGUCUCUUGGAGCAGGAACUGGCCCAUGCUGUGAAUGCUUGCUCCCACGCACUGAAUAAAGCCAACCCCCAGUUCCCAGAGAGUCUUACAAGAGACACUGCCACUGAAAUAGCCAUCAAUGUGAAGGCACUAUAUAAUGAAACGGAAUCUUUACUGGUUGGCAGAGUUCCUUUGCAGCUGGAAUCCCCACACGAGGAGCGGGUGUCCAGUGCCUUACACUCUGUGGAGGUGGAGCUGCAGAAGCUAACAGAGAUCCCUUGGCUUUAUUACAUCCUCCACCCAAAUGAGGAUGAGGAGCCUCCUAUGGAUUGCACCAAGAGAAACAGCAGAAGCACAGUGUUUCGCAUAGUGCCAAAAUUUAAAAAGGAAAAGGUUCAGAAGCAGAAGAUAAGCUCACAGCCUGUUCAGAAAUGGGGCACAGAGGAAGUUGCUGCUUGGCUGGAUCUGAUCAAUUUGGGAGAGUACAAAGAAAUCUUCAUCCGUCAUGACAUCAGAGGGGCUGAACUUUUGCAUCUGGAAAGGCGAGAUCUUAAGGACCUGGGGAUAUCGAAAGUGGGUCAUAUGAAGCGAAUUCUCCAGGGAAUUAAAGAGCUUGGAAGGAGCACUCCCCAGUCUGAGGUGUAAUCAUAUUGGUGCUAUUCCUUAGAAGGGAAGUAAUUGCUAUUUAAUACAAAGUCCUUGGAAGCAGUUGACUGUUCGUGUAGUUUUCUGCCCAGAUAAGUAAGCACCACUGAAGCACCUCCAUGGCUUGAUAUUUUGCUGUUGGUGAAAAUUUUGAUUUGAGGUAUUAGAAAAUAUUUUUGUGCCAAAAAAUACAUUCCACAAAGCUAUUUUCUUACUGUGCAAACCUGAUAUGUUCAAAUUUGCUCAUAUAAGUAAAACAGUAGGAAGAGACAAUUGCAUUGUCCAAAAGGUGAAAUUGCAGAAUGUUUGCUUUCCUUAAACCUGGUCAGAUGGAAUGUUCUUACUGUGCACCCACAUAAUAGUAUAUGGCUAAAACUUCUUAGGUCUCAUUAUUGGAAGCAUUGGCUUCUUCCUUAAAAUUGUUGGUUAGAGGACUAAAAUAUAUAAAGAUGUGUUUUGAAUGUUAGAUUGGUAUCACCUCAGAUUCCUAGUGUCUUGUGGUCAAAUAAUAGGGUUAAAAUCCCUCAAAUACUAUGAAUGAAUGAACGCAAAUCUUAAUGCACGGUGUUGCUGCCUGAAUUGUCUCUUUCUUGCAUGUCCAACAUCUAAUAUUGUAAAACUUAGUGUUAAUGUCAGUUUUAAUGGGAUUAAUUUAUUACUACCUAAGUACCUUUUUGUUAACUAUAGGCACUUUUCUGUUCUUUGAUGUGGACUUUGCAUAAAUAUUCUGUAUCUAAGAAUUUGUGAACAUGUGUCUAUGCCAUAAUCAACAAAUGCUAAACAUUUUAGGCAAACCAAUUUUUGUCAACCUAUCAUAAAGAGUAGGUAUGCACAUUAAGAAAAUUCCCUGGAUAGUUUCAUAAAAUUACAUAUUCUGUUGUCUAACAACAUUAUGCUUUCCAAACCAAAUUUUCCACAUUUGUUCUUAUUUUCCAUUUCAAUUUAAUAAUUAUUUAAUGCUGUGUUUGCAUUUAUAUAUAGUAACUGUUGACAUCCAGGAAUUUCUUCAAUGUCUCAACUAUGGUUUGUAUACUGAUCAGUUACCCAGACUCACCCACUAGCUAAAGUUAUGCUUGACAUGAACUUCCUCCCAACAAGAGAAAUUUAAAAUUUUUAAAGGCCUUUACAUUAUUAUUAUUAUCUCACAUAAUUCUUAUAUCUUAUCAGGUAGGUAUUAUUUUCUUUUUCUAACCACCAUACUUCAGUGUAGCUCAUUAGGAGUCAACAUUGCAAUUAUCAAAUCUUUGAAAGCCAAAAGCGUACAUAUCAACAAGUCACAAAAUACCUUCAAAUAAUCUCUUUUUAGAUAUUCUAUGCCAAAAAUUAAUUAUAAUAUUUAAAAAUCUUCUAUAUAUAAGAAGUAAGCAGGGUACUGUACUGACCAGGUGGUGACAGUUUUCAUAAAGUAACCUUUUAGGUAGGUGCUCAAUAGGAAUAUAUACACACGCAUAUAUACAUAUACACACAUAUAUGUAUAUACACCCAUAUACAUUUAUAUGCAUAUUCACGCUUAUAAUCACAAAAUAUGCUCUCAUUGACAUUUUCUAGACAACUGUUUGCUGAAUGCUUAAAGAGAAAUAUUGAUGGGAAAGCAUUAAAAUGAACUAUUGUCAGAUAUAAUUUAAUUAUAUCAAAGAAGUUUAAUUAUUUCACAUUUUAUUCUUAUUUAUAACUUUAGUAUCUAACUACUAGAAAAAACACAAAAUUUGGAUAUCUUAAAAAUAAAUAAACCUGAUAGGUAGGUUCAUGACCAAGUGUGUCUGACUAUAUAUUUUACCUAAGUUGUGAAUAAGUGGAAAUUUUCCAAAGAGAAUUAUACCAGGUAGCUUAAUAGAGUAAAAAGUUAUUCACUUAAAAUGUUAAUGUUACCCACACCUAAGAAAUCACAGGCCUUUUCCAGUUCCCUUUGUAGUCCCCUGCCCCCUGCCCCCCAGCCUGCACGAUGUCCUGCUCUUCCAGACACUUCCCUGGGAAAAUAAAACAUAUGCCCGGUCUCCCUGUCCAGCAAGGAGGUGGGAACUCUAAACAAGAAUGAAUUAAUAUAAAGAUCUUUAUUGAUUUUCACUUCCUCAAAUACCUCUUUGCCAAUAGAGAAGAUUCUUAAGCUAUUACAUUUUCAUAAUGGAAAAGGAAGAUAUAAAUGACUGAAUUUUUUGGUUUGAUGUUGAUCUUUCAAUCUUUGAUACCAUCUCUUAUAUUUACUGUAAAACCUCAGUUAAUGGAAUCUUUAGGUCGGUAGAAUUUUCCUGCAAGUGGCUCUUGGAUGAGGGGAAUCCUUUAAAAUGACCAUUUCGAUGUCUUUUUUGUUGAAUGAUAGCACAUUUCCUGAUACAUUUUGUCAUGUGGAGUUGUGUAGGAUCCAGAUGACUUCACUCACACCUGUUUGCCAGGGUAGUGACCUCAGAGCCUCCUUAGGCCCCUGGCAGUAUCACAGAGGGACCAGCUUCUUGUAAUAGAUGGGGUUACAAAGAAAACAGGAUGAAGAAUUUCUCUAGGGUGUCUGAUUACAGCUCUGGGGAGUGCAGGUGAAGCUUCUGUGCUAGUCGACGCACAAGCUGAGCGGUAAUGGCUACCUUUCCUCUCUGCUAGGCUCUUACACAUGCAGAUAAUUUGGGAGGGAUGGAGAGGAAUCACAACCAACAUCCACUUCCUUUCAGUCUCAUUUUUCUGAGGAAGAACGUGCUUUUCAAGAAUGAAAGGGACAGAGUCAAGCCUAAGUAGAAUUUCAGUGUAAACUUAAUUUUUCUCUUCAGCGUCUUUCCACCUCCCUUUUAUUUCUCUUAUUUUUUCUGAGUUUAUUUCUUUUUUUAAUUUAAAUUUAUUGGGGUGACAUUGGUCAACAUGAACAUAUAAGUUUCAGGUGUGGGUUUCUAUAUUGCACCAUGUGUCCACCUCCCUCUCUGAAUUUCUUUCCCAGUUCCUGGCUUCACGUUUUCCCAUGUGCCCAGUAUAUGAUGGUUGCUCAAAUUCUCACUGCCAUAUACUACCCUUUCCUCAUCAACUGUCCCACUGCAAAAUGGCUUCUUUCAUCUCUCCUUGCCUGAGCACUCAUUGUGGGUCAUCUAGCAAAGUUUUAGGAAGAAGACAAUAUAAAGAAACUAACUUUACAGUUUGUAUUUAAUAAAAGGAAACGCUAAUUUAAGUGAAUUAAUGGAUUAGGUAAUUGGGAACUAUGAUAUACAUUGCUGUGACUAGGAAAGGAGUCAUCCCGAGAAUGUCUAGACCUGUGCUGUCCAAUAUCAUAGCCACUAGGCUCAAGUGGCUAUUUAAAUCUAAAUUACUUUAUGUAGAAAUUGAGUUUCUCAUGUGCACUAGCUACAUUUCAAGUGCUCAGUGGCCACAGUGGACUAACAGAUGUUGAGUAUAUACAUCAUUGCAAAAACUUUACCAGACAGAUAGCAUUGGUCUAGAGCAGAGGUUGGAAACAUCUGGCCUGCCAAAGCAUUAAGGGUGAGUUAAUUAAAUGUUUAACUAAAUAUAGUAGGCUGAUUUUUAAGUUGAUGAUUUUCUAUGUCUUGCAAAUGAUGUUAUAAAUAUCCCAAUGGCCCUUGGCAGAAAAAAGGUUCCCCACCUCUGGUCUAGAGCAUUGCUACCCAAAAUGUAGUCCAUGGACCAGCAGCAUCCUUAUCACCUGGAAACUUACAGAAAGGCAGAUUCUUAGGUUUACUCCAGACCUACUGAAUCUAAACUUUGGAACAAGAUUCGUCAGGUGAUUAGCACUAACCUAAAUAUGUUUUAUUCCUCCUAGAUAUUAGGGAUUUCUGGUCUUUAAAAGAUGCUCAAAAUAGCUCAUUCCCCAACCCACUAUUUCAUAUCGCUUCUCCAGCUAAUCCUAGAAAUCAGUUAAAACUCAUUUAUUCUCCUCAUUUAUCGCCCUAACUGAGCUUUCUUCUCCACCCAUAUUCCUAAUUCUGGCUCUAGAUGAGCCCUACCUACCCAGUUAUUAUAUUUUGGUAGCGAAGGUGGAACACAGGAAAUUGGCUAACCAACACAGCUGGCCUCUCUCCAGCCCCUCACCCCACAUCUUAGUCACUAACAGUCUGCAUUCACUCAGUUUGUUGCUCAUGUGGCCUUCUCAUUUGUUCACAACUUAAGUAACAGGAAAUAUUUUCAGAAGAAUAUGUACUGAGACAAGUAAAGACUGGGUCAGUUUCUUACAACUUCACUUUCUCUUAUCAGUAGAUUAUCCUGUUGACAUAGUUCAUGCUUGAGAACACAGCAGCACACACACAUUAAAUGAAUCAUUAGUCAUGAAAACCCAAGAUUGCAAAUAAAGUGAAUGUGUCAUUAAAGCCCUCAGAGAAAGCAUUUGUUUGCUAGACUAAGUCUGCUAAUUAUGCUAACUUACCUUGAUUAUCAGAUAGCUAAUCAUUCCUUAAAAUAGUGCCUGAAAAUACUUUAUCAUAUUCUUGACCUUGAAAAUAAAAAUUAUUUAAUUCUACAAUAAGAUCUUGGUUAAUAAUCCUUCACUUAAUGUGUACAUAUUGAUAUAAUUUAAGAGAUACUUUAUCUAAUUUUCAUGAAUAAAGAGGGCACUACUUUAAUCUUCAUGGAAGUAAUUUUUAACAGGACUUGAGGAAGGAAAUAUUCAUGCAAAGCAUGACUUAGAAAAUUAUAGUGCAAAGUUCUAUACAUCCUUCUAAAGUAAGUGAUCUAUUAUCUCCGACUGGGCUGACAACAUAUUGGACUUUUGUGUUAUGCAGAUGUGAAUUCUGUAAGGGUAUAGCUUUUCAUUAAGCUAUAAAAGCUGGCUCAACCUUGAUAUCUAGGAUCUCUCCUGUCCUCCUCCCCCGGCCCCUAUAAAGUCAUCCUGUAUUUUUCAGAUGAAAUUUGGAUAAAACAGUGGGUUUAGAGAUUGAUGAUACAAGUGGCAGUUUUAAAAGAUCAAGCUCUUCAGAUCAGCUGAAAAGAAUGAGAAGUGAAGAUUCCUCAAAUACUGUCAGACUCCCAGGGGGUUCCAGUGCUUGGGUGCCAUGCCUCUCCCUUGCCCUCUCUGCUCACCAUCCAUGCCAAGUGCAGUAGGGCCUGGGACUUGUUUGACUCUGCUGUGGCAUCUCCCCAGUGACUUCCGUAUAGCAGUCUCUGCGUCACAUGGGCAGCAUGUAGGAUACCUUCCUAAAGAAACAACCAAACCUUCUAAAAGGCCACGAUAAUUGGCUUUAUAAUAAGCAAAGCACUCAUUUUUAAUCUUUAUUGUUGUUUUCUCUUUACUAUUUCCUCCAAGUUUUGUUUGGAGAUAUUUCUGUUAGGAUAAAAAAAACUGUAAAGAUUUAUUAUUACAAAGAACAGUGAGAUAAAAGACAGCUGGACUGUAUCUAUUUGUAUACUUCUUUUUGUUAUUUUUCAGAAAAAGAAGUUUAGCAGAGUAACUGAGAGUGCAUUAAACUCAGUAACAAUGUUUUUAAAAAAAUCAUAUUACUAAUAUAGGUGAAGAGAUUAACUUCCUCCAUGUACUUAAGAUAUUCUAUUUACAUAUAUUUAUAUCCUCUCUCAAUUUUUUAUGCACUUCCAAGUUUUAGUUGGAAAAAUAGAAACAAAGCCACUACUUAAAAGUUCUAAAAACUUUAAAUUAUUUCAUUUUAGCUACAAGUUAUUCAUUGCAUAGGAAUUUAUUAAUAGUCUCAGUAUUUCAUAGGAAAUGCAUUUCAAGAGUAAAAUAGCCAAACUUAAAGAACUAUAGGGUUACUUUAAAAUGUAUUAAAAUAAGUUUUAUACUCAGUUAAUGAUGCCAUUGAAGUAGGAUAAUGCAGUUAGAUAUACAAGCUAAAAAGGAAAAAGAAUAUAUUUUGUGGUCCUUACUGUUUGAUUGCACUAUUGUUUACCACAGCUUAGCCAUGUCUACUUCUAUAUUCUAACUAUUAAGCUGAUAUGUAACUAAAGAUUUCUUACAGUUCUGGUAACUGGUAACUAGUGCUGUGAAAGGUUUUGGUAUUGUAACAUUCCCAGUUUUGUGAGUUAUAUAUUGUAUAUUGAAGAUGAUUAAUAAAUUGAAGUAAUAUAUUUGACUAGAGCUGGGAAAACAUGGUAAUUAUUUUCAAAUGUUUAAGUUUAAUCAAAAAUUUUUUUCUCUUAAGUGAGAUCAAAGUCUCACUUUUGUUAAAAUGUCUAUUUAUACAACAGGUUUCUCCUUUUAUUGAUUUUAUUAAUUUUCCUAUUAAAAUUGUUCUUAUCUUUUGUACCAAAAUAAUUAUCAUGCUGGGUAUUCAAACUGCCAAGAUGUAUUUUAGUUUGCUGGACUUUGGCAGACAAAAUAUUUAAUAACAAACCAGCUUUGUAUAUUUUGUGGCUUUGGGGGGCAAGAUUUUACCUUUGAAUAUCUAAGUGCUGUUAUCAGCAAAGUCAACAUAGACAGUAUUACUUGUAAUUAUCUGUAGAAGAUUUUCACAAAUUGUAUAAAUCAGUGCAUUUAUUUAUUAUGUUGUGAAAUUUAAUCUUUAUACAAAUGCAUAUUCUAGCCCUUUUCUUGUAACUGCUGUUGCUUAGAGUGUAAUAGCUCUGUUAAUGAUUUACUUGCAUACUUGAAGUACUCAUUUCUGUCAAACAGAUGCCCAAUUUAUUUCCUUGUUUAAAAAAAGGUAUAGAUAACUGAAUAGUAACAGAGACUUUGUUAAAAAAUAAUUUUGUUUAAAAUAAAUAUGAAAAAAGGCAUAAAGCCAAAAUAGAAUCACCAUUAUUAGGAUUUAAUGUAGCCAUGAUCCCAUUCUGCUAUUUUUUGCCAAUCUGCAUAUAGUUUAUCUUCAAGUCAGAACUUAUUUUCUUCUGUAUUUGUUGUAAAAGAAAUCUCAGUGAUUAUACUGCCAGUAUGAAAUUCAAAUGCACAUUAAGAAACUUGAACCCAAAAAAAUCUCACAUACCUCCAGCUGCUAGCUCUAGGUUCCAGGCUGUAUAUUUUUAACAAUGAUUGCAUUUGAAUCUGGACUACUUUACAAAUAGUAACCAUGAUGGAUAAUGAUUUGUUUCUGUUAAUUACGUCAGUGGCAUUUGAGUUCUGAAUUAUUUUUGUUUAAAAAUGUUCUCUAUUCACCUAAUUAAAAAACUAAAAAUCUAAACCAUAAUGGCACAACAUACCACACAGAAUAAAAUCACGUUUUCAAGAAAGAAAAUAAAACUGUUCUGACUUAAUGUGAGGCAGUGUUAUAUACCAAAGAAAUCGCUUUAACAAGCCCUAAAUUCAACUGUCUUAUAGUGUAAGCUGUAGAUGAAUUGUGAACUAUUUUAGCACUAUAAUAGGAGAUUAGGAAUUAAUUUACUGUAAUUUUAAAGACAGUUUUUGUUAAUUUUACUGUUGUACAAUUAUUGAAGGCAGGAAAAAAAGAAAUUAUAGGAGAAACAUCAUAUGGAUAUUAAAAGAAAAAGAAGCUUGAGUUCUUUUGAAAAGAUUUGGAAAUAGGUAUCUUUUGAAUUUAGGUAUCUUUUACUUUAUAUUAUAGAAACACAAAACGUGUGAGUUGUAUGGUAGGUACAAUACCACAAAAACAAAAUGGCACCCUGGUGAAGUCUAUGAGACCAUGUCUGUGUUUUAUCAAAGUAACCAGCGAAUGCAGGGGCCCAUUCUCCUGUUGAAAUUUAGAAGUCAGUGAAGGAGAUAGUUUGGAUGACCUAAUCUUUUGCAUUUCCUACAUGAGGCAAAUGUCUGUGCUUUCUCAACUUAGUGAUUGGUAUAGGGAGAACUAGUCAGAAGGGCUUAGCUAGUUCCUAUAGAAGAGCUCUGGUAAAUAUAGAUCAGACCAUAGCAUUCAGACUAAAGAGAUUUUCAUGACUUUGCUAAGCCUUCAAAUUUUUGGCAAUGAUAGAUUUUCCUUUCAUUUGAAACAAAAAAAGUAUUAAAAUUUAUAAUAUUACACAGAGCUGAAUUCUGUGAUUCUUGAGGUGGGAAUAUGGUUUAGAUAAUAUUGGGUUCCAUAACUGACUUUGACACUGGCUCACUGUGUCCUUUCUACAAACUAUAUGUUUUGGUGCCUCAGUUUCCCCAAUUAGACAUGGCAUAUAAUAUUAUCAAUUAUAAGUACUUGGGAAUUUUUCUUUUGCAAAAGGAGUUAUGUAAGCAUGAAUCAUACCUAAAUUUAUUAUUUCUUUCCCACUGUCAUUUGAGUUAUAAAGAAAAGCUUCCAAGACUAAAGCUUGAAAAUUAAAAUUCCAAAUUAACAUCCCUUGAUGCUCAGUCUUUUUACAGGAAGUUUUGUUAAAAUGAGAGUGAACUUACCUUAGUACUAUCAGUACCAGAGUAGGUUUGGGUAUUUUCCUGUAUACUACAGGUUCAUAUUAUUCAUUUUAGGGUCAAAUAAAAACUCACUUCUAAAAUCUUCAGAAGUUUAGUGGGGGUUUUUCUGCACCCACCCCAAACAACCAUUUUACAGCUGUGAAAAUUAAGACCUUCACAUUUUUUUCUUAUAUUAAUAACUCCCUAAAGAGGAAAAUGUUUUCCUUUCUUCCUUCCUUUUUUUCUUUCUCUUUUGGAAAAUGUUUCUUUAAAUCAGUGGUUAAAAAAAAAUGGAAUGCUCUUACCUUGUGACAUCACUGCUCCCUCUCUUACCUUGUGACAUCACUCCCUAUACUAAGUGAAUGCUGAAUGGUUUCCUUGCUAUUUGAUCCCAAGCAUGGAUCACUGGCUACAUUCUCUGGCUGUGAAGUGCUAAUUCCUAAUGUAAAUUACCUUCAAAACUUCCUGUAAAAAGACUAAACUAGAAAUUGCCUUAAUUAUUAUCAUAAUGCAAACCUGAGUGCAAUUAAAUGAAAAAAAUUAGAAUAACCUACUUAAAAUCAUUAAAUAUAGAUGAGGGUAAAUGAAUACUUGCCUUUAUUUUUGCCUGACAUUUGAAUUCAGUCACUAUCUGAUCCUUGACUUAAGAUUUCUUUGCAAAACAUGGUAUUUUUUAUAGCAUAAUAUGGUCACUUGGAGCUCCUAUUGCAUCCUCCUCCCCUAAAACUGUAUGACAUAAGAGGAAAGACUGAAUCUGAACUUAUUCAUAUAGUAUUUUGACCUGUCUUAUUAGCACAACUUAGUUUUCAUAAUGACAGAUUCCCUCAUUGAUGAUUCCGGAAUAAUUUGAUAUAGUGACAAGAAGAAAUCAUUUUUCUGGGAACUUGCUUCCCACAAUGACCUAAUAUACUGUUGACCUUAGUACAAUUAAAAUUAAUUAUAAUUUUAUUAAGAGCCGGCCCUUUUUACAGAUUUCAAUUGUGCAGCAGAUUUUAAUAUACAUACUGUUGAGGAUGGAAAUAUUGCAAACUUGAGCAGUUCUUUCUUUUGUUUCUUCUCCUUUUACUUGAAAAACUUUCAGAAAGCUUUGAGAGAGGACACAGUUUUCGUAGCAACAUAGUCUUCUUCCAGGAAACUCAUAAACUAAAACAUGGAACAAAACCAAUGUUUAAUCCUAAUCUUGGUUUUGGACAGUGUAAACAAAAGCAUUCUAUAUAUCAGAGGUUUUUUUUUUUCAGUGUUUCUGCAGUUUCAUAUUUCAUUUUUGUCCAUCUCAAAAAUUGAAUCAGCAGUUUGUGUUCUAUUUCUAAUUAGUUGUGGUAAGGCAAUAAUUGCUUGUAUCAGUACAACCUUUCACCAUUUUUCUCUCCUGUGCUUUUUCUGUUUUUCAGUAACCACUUUUCUGACCUUCAUUCUACCACUUCUAGUCUGUCUUCCUUAUGGUUGACAGAGUGGUCUUUCUAAAACACAAAUUUGCUUUGCAUCACUUUGCUAAAAGUUUUUAAAUACGCUCUCCUUUCUUUACAACAUAGCAUCCUAAUUCUUUAGCAUGAUGGAUAAUGAUCUCUAUGAACUUGAGUUGUUUGCAUCCCCACCUACCAAUUUCCCCCCCCCCCCCUUUUUUUAAAGCAUUCUUGCCCACCAUUUUCCUGGAAUUUGGAACCAUCCACAACUUAGUCCUCAGCAUAAUCACGUACUAUAGGUCAACUCAUUCAAGACUCAGUUCAAAUUCCUCAAACCAAGUUAAGCUUUUCAUCCAUGCUCCAUAGAAUCUUGAAAUUUUUUCUAUUAAAAUAACAUCACUUUUCAACAAUUUUAUAUAUUGUAUGCCUGCCCCCACCCCCGAAUUUCUCUCUUUCUUUUAAUUUCUAGUCUCACUAUCUAGCUACCACAUAAUAAGACUUUAAUAAGUGUUUUUGAAUGGAUGAUAUAAAUAGAGAACCCAAACUUUUCUAUAGUUUUAUACUUUCACAAGUGAAAACUUGGACUUCUCUGAGAGUCCACAUGAGGUCUAAGUGUCUUCAUGAGCACACACACACUCUGGGAAACCAACAGAAGAUGGACAGCAGGGAAGAGCAGUCACUUUAUGAAGGAUAAUCAUUUGUUAGCUAUUCAUCAGAGACACUUACCAAGUCUGAAUUCUUGUUUCUAAAUAUGAGGCUUAUCAAAAUCACAUAACUGACAAAUUCUUAUUUGUAAUUCCUAAAUAUGCCAUAAAGGUGAUCUUUGUCUUUUGUAGACAUUCGGUAUAUACAAUCUAUAUAAACACAUACACUGAUUACCUACACAAAAUAAUGAGACUUCAGAAAGAGUAAAAAACAAUAAUGAAGGUGAAAUUUUCUUUUAAAUAAUGUUCAACCAAAGAUAUUGACUGAAUUUGUGUGAUUUCAGGUCAUUUGUAGCUAAUGUCUAUUUCACUUUUUUUCUGAUGCAAAUGUAAGAAGGCUUGUUUGUGACUUUCACCCAUUAUACAAUAUAAAGAAUGAAAACUAUUAUCUGUGCACUAUAGGUUCAUAUUAUUAAUUUUAGGAUAUACUAAAAACGCAAUUCCAAAAUCUUAGAAAAUUUAGUAGUACUUUUCCUACACCCACCCCAAACAACCAAGGGCCUGGUUUUCUUUUGUGAUUCUAUAAAACCUUUUGACUGUGUCCCCAAAUCAUGGUAAAGGUUAACACAAAAGCUCUUUAAAGUUAAUCAUUUCUAAAAUUAAAUAGUAGUCCAAAAUGUGUGCAAUUAAAUUAAAUGCCCUCUUCCUUCACCCACUUAAUAGACAUUUUUCUGCCUGCUCUAUUCUUGGCAUCUGAUUAGAGGUUGGGGUACAACUAAAGUAAGGCAUAGCUCUUACCUGGGAGAGUUUGUUUGUUUUCAUGAUUAUUUUUCUACAGUCCAUUUAAGAAAUUGGGAGGACAUUUUUUUAAACCAAGUAUUUCUCAGGGUAUUUCAGAGACGUGGUCUCUUUUCACAUCAAAAAACUAACAAAUCCUGUGUCAUAAAGAAGUAACCCCGUUUUUAUGCCUACAGUUUUGUAUUUUCAGAUCAUCCACAAAUAAUUUUGCCCAUCCCUUGUCAAGUACAUCUUUCAUCAGACCUGUAGAAUGCCAUUUCCACAACCGUAACUGCUAUGUGUGAUCCAAGAGACUAAUAGAUUUGUAGAACAUAAGUAACAUUUCAAGUCCAUUUUACAAAGGCAUAUGUCCCUAUUAAUGACACUUACACCAAAAUAUAUGGGGUAUGCAUUGUGAGCCCACAGCAGAGGGAAACGUAAAGUAAUGCUUCCUGGUGUAAAAGGCUCCAUUUGAGCUUACGAGUUGCUGUUUCCACCUCGGUUAUUUUUAUUGGCGAGUCAGGAGUGAUAUUUAACAGGUAGCGUAUUUAUCUAAGCAUAUAGUAAGCAUACUAAGCAUAUUUGUGUGCCACAGUACACUGAUAUAGAUGAAACAAAACAAAAAUUUUGGAGUUAUAAAAAUGAACUUAACUGAAUAUUUAUUGAUAGGCAAUAGAGUUCCUUUAUGACAAGGAAAAAAACUGCCGUUAUCUUAAUUAUCAGUAAGUAUGGGGGGGAAAAAAACCCUUGUAUGUAUAUUUACAUUUUGAUAAGCUUAUUUUGAAGUCGCCAUUUCCCAUCAGCAUAAAGUAUCAAUCAUUUCUGUGUUCUCUAGCAAAAGAAAACUCUUAGUUUGAAACAACUUUACUCUUUGUUGGAUGUUAUAAAAGGUCCACAAAAGAAGGAAGCUCAGAUGGCUAGGUAGAUACUUUCCCCUUAUAUUCAGCAUAAUGAUUUUACCUUUUGAUAAAGAUACACAGUAACUAUUUGCCUUCUAUUUAUCAUAUUGAAAACAUAAUAGUAGAGUUCUUUUGACCCUUACAUUGGAAAAGAUAGUUUUAAUUUAGCCUUUGCUAUAUUAUUUAUAGUUAAGAGUUUACUACAUUUUGGUAGUCUGUUUUGAAAUUGUACUGUAUCUGAAAGAUGCAGAUCAUGUCUAUUUAUUACACAAUGGGCUCUGUUUGCUGCAGAAAAGAGUAAAACUUUUAACUGCUUAGCACACUUGCCGGUGAAAUAUACCUGACAGGGCAGAGGUUAUAACUUUGGCUCUAAUUAGUUUUAAUAAUGGUAGGAAAAUGUGUUUUGUUUGUUUACAUGCUGUUUACAAUGGCAUAAUUUUUAAAUAUAUACAACAAUUGAGAUAUUUAUUGCAUACUAUUUUAAAGAUGUUUUAUGUGUUUUCACCUUUGGAAUAUAUUGUUACAGUUCCUUAUACAGGUAAUUUGGGUGGCUUUGUUAAUAAUGUAGCUAGCAAUUUUUAUGACUACUAAGUGACCAGUUUUCUGUGCCUUUUAUUGUGGGAUGCAUGAUGUAUUUAUUGUACGGGAGUCACUGAUGCGUGUAUUUUUGUACUUGGCUGAGAGUUACGGUUGAUCUCCAUGUACAUGAUGAUGAGAGAUGCCUUUCCCAAAGGGCACUGCCUUGAGAUCAUUCUUCUCAAAUAAAAAGAAUGCAUUUGGACAA